AUGUGAGGGAGAGUUCUGGAGCUAGGGGAGACUGGUCUGGUUCACACCCGCCAAACAUGAAUGAGAUCAAGAUGGCUGUGCUGGGCAGUGGGGGGGUCGGGAAGUCAGCUCUGAUCGUCCGGUUCCUCACCAGGCGCUUUAUUGGCGAGUACUCUUCCUCUUCAGAGUGCAUAUACAGGAAGCGUCUGUCUGUGGAUGGGAAGCAGACCAAUCUCCAGCUCUAUGAGCCAUGCUCUCAGGCCUGUGAGGGUAUGUCUACUGUAAAGAAGCAGAUCAGCUGGGCCGAUGGCUUCAUUGUGGUCUAUGAUAUCAGUGACCGGUCCUCCUUCCUCACUGCCAAAGCCAUCAUGCAGCUGAUCAGAGAGCUAAGGAACGUAGACUCGCUCAUAUUUCUGGUGGGCAACAAACAGGACCUGUGCCACAGGAGAGAGGUGCAGCGUGAAGAAGCUCAGUGUCUGGCUGCCCAGUGUCAGGGCCAGUUCUACGAGCUGUCGGCAGCCGAGCACCACCAGGAGCUGGCGCUCAUAUUCUCCAAGAUGGUGCAAAACGCUAGCCUGGGCAGCAAGGCCAAGGAGCGCAGGAGACGCCCCAGCGGCUCCAGGUCCAUGGCCAAACUCAUCAACAAUGUCUUCGGCAAGAGGAGGAAAUCAGUGUGAAGUGUCCCAUACCAGGACUGCUGUCGGGACCCAACACGCGAACCCUCUGGCUUAGCUUUGUAUUUCUGAAUAUGUCUUCGCUGUUGCUGUUGAUUAAAGUGACGUCUUCAUGUAUAAAGAGGUGUUAGUGUGAUAUAACAGUAGCAUGCAGCCUGCCUUGCUGCUUACCUCCACUGAUUCAUGCUUUUGCUCUUAAAGAUCAUUGUAAACCAACCUUUAAUGGCACAUCAGCCAAGCAACCAACUUCAGGAAAUGUCUGGUGACAUUCAAUCCAAGACAGACAAAUUACUUGUAAGCUGUCUCAGCUGACUCAAGAGGGAUCAGCCCGGUCUAGUGGGGGGGCCCGGGGAGGCAACCGCCCCCCCCUUAAACAGUGUUGGGCAAGUUACUUCCAAAAUGUAAUACAUUAUAGAUUACUAGUUACUGUCAUUUGAGAGUAAUUAGUUAUAUUACAAUAUUACUGUCUCUGAAUUGUAAUGUGUUACACUACUUUUGUGUUACUUUUACUCUUACGUUACUUUCACCAAAAUAACAGCGGAAGUUUGACUUGGCAGGUAGCUUGUGAAUUUCAC